AUGUCGCAUGCCGAAAUUGAGGACUGUGACACCGGAGUAGUCGCGGUAUGCCCUUGGCACAGAUAUGACUUCGAUCUGAAGACCGGGCAUAGCGAGACUGGGAUGAAAGCCUGUACGUACGCCACAGAAAUCCGUACAGAGGACGAGGUAGAGUACAUCUGGGUAGAGGCACCAGACGGUGGAAGCGGAUGGCGAUUAGUAGAGUUCCGGCCAGUGUCAGAAGAGUUCGCCGAUCCUCCGCCGCCUCCGCCGGACCUCUCGCAUCUGUCCAUUUCCUCGCCUACACCCAAGGAGCCAGAGCCGCUGGUGCCGGUAGAGAAUACACCAACGACGCUAAUCCAAUGGGCAGUCCUCAUCCUCAACACCCCCGACCCGAUGCUGAAGGUCCAACGGACCAGACACGCCGUGAAGCUCUUCCGUACGGGCCACCUUAAGUCCAUCGGCCACCGCUCGUCGAAAGCUCCUAGACCACCGGAUGUCCCACCUCGCGAAGAGCUGUACGCGCGAAACACCGUCGACGUGAGCAAGAUCAACAGGCGGAAGAACCGAGCCGUCAUGCUCCACACGCUCGCCAACAUCGAGCAAUGGGCGAUCGACCUCGCAUGGGACAUCAUCGCGCGCUACGGCCCCUCUCACCCCGACCUACCCACAGCCUUCUUCGCCGACUUCACCAAGAUGGCACUCGACGAGUCCAAGCACUUCUCCCUGCUCACCGCGCGCCUCGCGGCGCUCUCCCCCUCCACGCCCUACGGCUCGCUCCCCGUGCACGCGGGCCUCUGGGAGUCCGCACAGGUGACGUUCGCGUCGCUCCGCGCACGGCUUGCGAUCAUCCACCUCGUGCACGAAGCGCGCGGGCUGGACGUCAACCCGGGCACGAUCGAGAAGUUCCGCAAGGCGGGCGACGAGGAGAGCGUGCGGGUGCUCGAGACGAUCCAUCACGACGAGGUGACGCACGUCACAACGGGCCAUCGGUGGUUUACGUGGGUUUGCGCGAAGGAGGAUGUAGACCCGGUGCAGACAUUUAGGGAGGAGGUCAGGAAGGGGUGGAGGGGGGACGUCAAGGGACCGUUCAAUGCGGUUGAUCGCGAGAAGGCCGGGCUGACCCCGGAUUUCUAUGAGAAUCUGAAAGGAGAGAUGAAGCAGACCGUAGCUUCAGAGAAGAACACCCAGGCGGAUGUUGCAGUUGGCUCCGAGGGCGCGGCGAUAUGA